AUGGGGACUGUGGCCCUGGUGCUGUCCCUGCUGGCUGUGGCUCUCCUGUGCCCGGCCACUGCCACGUUGCGUGUGGGAGCCUUCAACAUCCAGGCGUUCGGAGACACCAAGAUGUCCAAUGAGGAAGUGGCGGGCAUCAUCGUCAGUAUCCUGCACCGCUACGACGUGGCACUGGUCCAGGAGGUUCGCGACUCCGACCUCAGCGCCGUCACCCAGCUCAUGGAGCACCUUAACAGUGUGUCCACAUCCCCAUACGACUACAAGAUCAGCGCCCCCCUGGGACGGGACAACUACAAGGAGAUGUACCUCUUCAUCUACAGGACAGACGUCAUAUCCGUGGUGGACACCUACCAGUAUGAGGACCCCCAGGAUGUCUUCAGCCGGGAGCCAUUCAUCCUGAGGGUCUCAGCACCCCACACCAAGGCAGAGGAGUUUGUGCUGGUGCCGCUGCACUCAGCCCCGCAUGACGCUGUCACCGAGAUCGACGCGCUCUACGACGUCUACCUGGCCAUUGUCAACAAGUGGGGGACUGAUAACAUCAUGUUCCUGGGGGACUUCAACGCCGACUGCGCCUACGUCCAGCCGAGCGACUGGUCGGCCAUCCGCCUGCGCACCAGCGAUGUCUUCAAGUGGCUGCUCCCCGACAGCGCCGACACCACCGUGGGAAAGUCGGACUGCGCCUACGAUAGGAUCGUGGUGUGCGGCUCCAAGCUGAAGAGAAGCAUCGUGCCAAAUUCAGCCACCAUCUACAAUUUCCAGCGCGCUUUCCAGCUGGAGCAGGAGGAGGCCCUGGCAGUCAGCGACCACUACCCAGUGGAGGUGAAGUUGACAGCUUGA